CUCUCUCCCUCCCUCUCUCCCUCUCUCUCUCAGAUCAAACAAACUUGGGCCAAAGGUUGACAAGAAAGAAAGGGAAAAUAAAGACUUCUUGAAAGACAAAUGAAACAAUCUUUUAAAACACCAGCCAUUAAGUGCAAAGCUUUCCCACAUAAAGUGUGGAUAUAAACCAUCUCAGGAGAGAAAUCAAGGAAUUCCCACAAGAUGGGUUUGUGUAACUACCAUGUGGAGGACAAGAAUCUUUGCUUUCAAGCCCCAAAUUUCAUUGAAUGGCUUAAGCCAUCUUCCUCCCCUUCUCCUUCUCCUUCUUCUUCUUCUCUUUCUAAUUCUUCUGUGACUCAACAAGUUCAGCUCACAAACCCCAUGAGCGUACUAAGACUUCCAAGCUUGUUCGCUCAACAGCAGCAUCAACAAAGAGAGGCCAUGAAAGAGACAAUUCAAUGCUUGCCUCUUCUAAGCAGGUUCACAGAGAAGAAGACAUUAAAAGAUGGAGACAUGGAAGAGAAAGAUAGCACUGUUGGAGUUAAAGAAGAGAAGGAGGUUACGGUGGCUUUGCACAUUGGAUUGCCUAACAGUGGAGAUUCCGAAGUUGAGACUGAGGUUCUUGACCCCAAGGAAGAAAUAUCCAUGAAGAAAAACUUUCAAGGAUAUUCUUUCAACUCAGAGAGUAGGUUUUGGAUCCCAACCCCUGCCCAGAUCCUUGUUGGGCCCAUGCAGUUUGCUUGCUCUAUAUGCAGCAAGACCUUCAAUAGGUACAAUAACAUGCAGAUGCAUAUGUGGGGGCAUGGGUCCGAAUUCAGAAAGGGACCAGACUCACUUAAAGGAACACAACCAGCAGCAAUGCUUAGGCUUCCAUGCUAUUGUUGUGCACAAGGUUGCAAGAACAACAUCAACCAUCCACGAGCUAAGCCAUUGAAAGACUUCAGGACCCUUCAAACCCAUUACAAAAGGAAGCACGGUGCCAAGCCAUUUAUGUGUAGAAAAUGCAGCAAAACAUUUGCGGUUAAAGGAGAUUGGAGAACCCAUGAAAAGAAUUGUGGAAAGUUAUGGUAUUGUACUUGUGGUUCUGAUUUCAAACACAAAAGAUCACUCAAGGAUCACAUUAGGUCUUUUGGCAAAGGUCACUCUCCUCACCCAUCUCUUGAAGGUUUUGAAGAAAUUGAGAAGGAAUGCAUCACUGGAUCAGAAGACGAAUUUGCACAUUAGCGUGCAAGAAAAAUACUCGGGAGGUUUUUAUCAGUUUUCUGCUUGAUUUGGUGUUUAAGAAAUUAGCCCUAGCUAGUAGGCUUAUCGAAGCUUGUGCUCAGUAACAAAAAACUCUCAGGAAACAUGCAUGAAGUGGUUUGCUACGGAGCACUUGCUGGGCGAUGAGCAGUACUAAUAACUUUAGACAGUUUGCAAUGGAAUAAACUGAUUGCGUCAUGAAGUGGGUGAAGUAGAUGAAUUUUCUUCUCUUAGAGAUCACACAAAUUAAGUUGCUUUUUUGAAGCUUAUGUUGGCAUGAUCACUCUAAUGGAGAAAAUUUGUCUACUUCAUUGCCAUUUGUAAUCUUAAUUAAUACAAGGAUUUUAUAUAUUGUUCUUUA